AAGCUACUCUUGACUUGACACUAAACUAAACUUAUCUUCCAUUUAUUAUAAUUUUUAUUUUUUAUAAAAGUAUAUUCAAUAAUUUAAAAAUUAAGAAUAGAACCAAAAUACCAAACUCAAGUAUCUUAGAUUAAGCUGAGGUUAUUGGUAAACCACUGUCUUAAUAGUAACAUUGAUAAAAUAUCAAUAUGUGCUCUGUGGGAGACGACGGUGAUAGGCACAUGCCCAGCAAUGUAUUUGUUCAAUAUUAUGAUACAAAAUGCCAGAAAUGCAAAUUGGAAACACCCAUUGUGCUAUUGAGGCGCAAAGACUCGUAUUGUAAAGAUUGCUUUUUGUCUGGGACGAAUCAUAAGUUCAAAUCUUUACUUGGUAAAUCGAAGCUGCUCAGGCCUAAGGAUAGGGUCUUAGUAUCCUAUGAAGUUGGCCACCCAAGUACAGCCUUAUUGCAUCUUAUAAGAAGUGGUCUUGAUCUGAAUACUCCUAAAAAGCUUAGAUUUGAACCAGUUUUUGUUUUCCUAGAAGAUCAGUACCAUUUGACAAAAGACGAAAGGUCACAAAUGAUAACUAGAGCAAUUGCAGAAGCUGAAAAACUGAAAUUCAAGAUGCAUCUUGUGUCUUUUGCUGAGUCAAUCAUGAAAGAUGAUGUAACUAUUUAUCUAAAUCAUUUAAAUUUAAAUGAUAAUGACGGAGAUGCUAUUAACAAUAAAUUUGCCACAAAAAUUAACAAUACUAACAAAAAGGAAGUGUCUAACAUAUUAAGGCGAAAUAUACUCCUUUCAAUAGCCAAAAAGUUAAGUUGCAAGUUCAUAUUCACACCCGAAUUGUCAGUCGAUAUAGCUGCAAAUUUGCUGACAAACAUUUCAUUGGGCAGAGGAUCACAAGUACCUGUUGAUACAGGCUUUUGUGACGACCGUGACAAAGAUGUAAAGAUUUUGAGGCCACUGAGAUCAUUUGACAAGAAAGAAGUGGCACUGUAUAAUGUUCUGCACGUCUUAGAACCUGUGACUGUACGACAGACGCAAGACAAUCAAUAUGCAUCAAUUCAAGCACUGGCGAAACAAUUCAUCAAUGAGUUGAAUGAAAAUUAUCCAGCUACAGUUGCCACUGUUGUGAAAACUGGUGAUAAAUUGGCUUUGGAUGAGAACAAAGUUGCUGGGAACUGUAAACUUUGCAAGGGUAAUAUUUUGAAACCAACUGAAGACCUUACUUCAGACGAAUCAACUAGUUUCUCCAAAUUAGUAUCAAAUGAACUUCCAGAUCACAGCAUCUCAAGCCAGGAAAGAUAUGAGAAAGUUGAAGGUCAAUUUGAACAUAAAGCUCAGGUUGACAAUGAAUAUUGUUUUUCUUGUUCUAAAAUAUCUAGAUUUUUGUUAAGUGACACAUAGAAUCUUAACCAAGGAAAGGUUAAUGGGUGGGUGGGUUAAUAACAGUUUUUUUUUCUUUCAAGUAUUUUGCUAAUUAACCGAUAUAACUGUGUAUUGGCAUUUGGGUUCAUAAUUCGCAAAACAAAUGUGCAUGAGAAUUCGCCUGUAAGAUGUUCACUUGCCAAGCACAUAUAAGUAUAAUUUUUUUUUUAAGGAUUUAUUUCUGACCUCAAAUGAGUUACAUAACUGGUACUGAGGCCUUUAUUUUUUGAUAUAUGUAGUAUCCUGUACCAUCGAGAUCUGUACCUUGUAUUGAUUGAGAUGUAUGUACCUAUACCCUCCUAUGCCUACCUAAGAUUUAAGCUUGAUAGUUUAGGCAAUUUUGUUUGCUUCUAACUAUUUUUGAUUCUCAAUAAUUUUUACUUAAUUAGGUCAAAUACCUACUUAUUUUUUAUAUUGUUGUUGGGAUUGUAAAUGAGAUUACUUACUGAUUUCUUUUUUAAAAUAAAGCAUUUUAUAUUAAGAAGAAUGAGAUGAAAGCUCAAAGCAAUCUUUAAAACUUAAAAACAAAAAAAGCUUUGCUGUUUUGUUUGAACAGUUCAGUUUUUUUUAAAUUUCAUUGUUAGCCAGAUGUUAAUACAAUGUAGGGAAUUGAAUUGAAGUCAAUUCACCAUGUACUAUGCUAAUAUCUUAAUCCCAAACCUAAUAGCUAAGAUUUUGUUAGGAGUUUAUUUAUUAAUAAUAAUAACAAUAUUAUUAAUUACAGAUUUAAUUACAUAAGUUUUGUUUUGACAUAAGCAUUUCUCAAUUUUAGUCUUAAGUGUUUUUUCAGAAUUAUUAUUUGUGUUUUUUAUUAUAUAUUUGGUAAUAAGUUAAAUAUCUUUGGUGCAAUCAGUGCAAUCCAAAGUGAAGAUAUUUUUUCACUAUGCUAAUACAGUAGACUCGCGCUAGUGUGAACACAAAAAAACCGGACGUGUUCAUAUUAUCGAGAUGUUCACACCAUCGAAGGUCUACCUAAAAAUGCAAAAUACUGUCAGCAAUGAUCCUUAAACUUAAAAUUUGAGAGAAAUAGAACAAUAGCUACUUGCAAACAUAUUUAUUAAGUAAAAUUUUCAAGUUUAUUUAUUGAAAUAAGAUGUAAUUUUUGUUUGAAUCUUUCUAACUGACCACUGGGUGGCUACCGCUUUGUCUUGAAUUUUUCUUAGGCAUUCUAUGUCAUUAACGCCAAUAUUGUUUUGCUCCGCCCAUUGCGAAACCACUUUUAGAGCUGUCAGGACCUCUGCAACAGAAACUUUUUUAGGUUCCUCAGCUUCUGUCUCAGAUUCAACAUCUUCCAUGUCUGUGUCAACUAACGAUUCAGCACUUUGGCUUUCCGAUUAUGCCGCUGUGAUAUCUUGUAAAUCUUGGUUCCAUUUUUCAACAUCCUUGUUGUUAUAUUCUCCCUAGAAAUUAAAAAAAAUAAUUAUUAUUUUACGAACGUGGAAGAAAAAUAAAGAGGAAGAGUAAUUUAUUUCUGUGUUUUUCUACUAAGCGGUCCAAUGACUUGCAGUAACUCAAUGGUUUCCUGAACAAUAGGUUCCAAUUGUUGGCUAAUCAGUUGUUCUCGAAUUGUGGCUAGGGGAAGGUCGUCUUCAUCAACAUCGUUUUCGUUAAAAAUUUGGAUCCAGCAUUUUUUGAUAACUAAGGGAUCUAAUUGUUGCCACGCUUGGUUCAAAUAAACAAUAGCAUCCUUCACUGUUAGACUUUUUAAGGUUUCUGCCAUAUUUUCACCCUUAGGCACCACAUAUUUUAGCAGAUUGUUUCUAUAGUACAGCUUCGUUAACCUUAAAACGUUCUGGUCCAUUGGUUGAAUAAGGGGAGUUACGUUUGGCGGCAUAAACAUGACAAAUAUAGCCCCAUCUUCGGUUUUUAAUUCCACUGGAUGGGAAGGAGCAUUGUCUAAUAAGGGCACCGCUUUAAUAGGAAGCUUUUGGAUUUUUAAAAUCGCUUUAACCUAAAAAAACACAUUGAUAAGUAAAAGAAUUUAAAAACAAAAUGACAAUCUAAAAACUUACCUCUGGAACAAAAUGCUUAAAGAACCAUUCCUUAAAAAUUUCCUGGGUCAUCCAAGCGUUCUUGCUGUUUUUGUAAAUGCAGGGGUUAUAGAAAUCUUUAAAACAUCGAGGGGAUUUGGCCUUGCCAAUUAUAAGUGGCUUCAGCUUAUGAGAUCCUAGUGCGUUUGUACAGCCCAUAAAUGUAACUCUUUGUUUGGACUGUUUGAGACCGGGUGCAGUUCUUUUAAAGCUUGAAACAUACGUUUUAUCGGGUAGUAUUUUCCAAUAUAAUCCAGUCUCGUUAGCAUUGUAUAUUUGGUGGUGUGUUAAUUCUUGAUUCUUGAUUAGUUGCAUAAAUUCUACUUUAAAUGGACUAACAUUCUCGAGGGCUGAAGAUAGUUUUUCGCCAGACAUUUUCAAAAACCUGAUCCCAUAUCAAACUUUGAACUUUUGCAACCAUCCGUCGCUGGCACUAAAGGUUUCAUUAGGUUUUUUCAAAUUUUGGUGGAAUUGAAGGGCUUUCUGUUUUAACAUUUCACCUGUUACAGGAAAAUGUUAUUCUCUUUGUCUAAGAAACCAUUUAUUCAAAGCAUUUUCCAUCUUUGGAUAUUCAGCGUUUUUAAGAGUACGUUUUUUAAUCCUACUUGGCCUAACACUUUGGUUUACAACGGUCAUUAUUUUAUCUUUUUUUUUAAUAAUCAAACAAACGGUUGACUUAGCAAUUCCGUAUUUUUUAGAUAGAUUUGUUAUGUUCAUACCUUGCUGGUGAUCUUCUAUAAUUUUAGACUUCUUAUAGAGAGUUAACAUUUUUUUUGACUUUCGACAUUUUAACAAAAUGGGUUAACCACACCCUUGACCACACCACAACAAACUAAAAAAUCACAAACUUUUCCAGGUGCUUUUGACGCGCUGCACUUGUUUAUUGCAUGUAAUAGACUAAAUGCAGAAAGUUAACCUCAACAUCCCCCUGCAUACCUUGUCUCAAUACAUUCGGGGAACCCCAGAAUCGGAUGGGAACCACAGAUAACAACAACAAGUGGACAGAAAACGGUAAAUGCGGGGUUGAAUAUAUUGUUCAUACUACCGAGAUUGUCAAAAAUUCACACUACAGAAUACAUAAUGUUAUCAUUCUGGCUGUUCAUACUACUGGGAGGUUCACAGAACCAUGUGUUCACACUAGCGCGAGUCUACUGUAUCGUAAUUCCAAACCUAGAUUUUGUUAGGAGUUUAUUUAUUAAUAAUAAUAAAAAUAUUAUUAAUUACAGAUUUACAUAAGUUUUGUUUUGACAUAAGCAUUUCUCAAUUUUAGUCUUAAGUGUUUUUUCAGAAUUAUUAUUUGUGUUUUUUAAUAUAUAUUUGGUAAUAAGUUAAAUAUCUUUAGUGCAAUCAGUGCAAUCCAAAGUGAAGAUAUUUUCACAGUCUGCAACAUCGUUUGUACUAAUGGUAUUUGUCACCUUGUUACUGAAAUUCUAUUUUGGUAUUGUACUAUUAGUUUAUUAUGAUUUAUUGAAAUGUAGUAGUGAGGCUUUUCGAUAAUACAUUUGUUCAAUAUUCAA